AUGGUUUGGAGGGGGGAAGCUGGGCAUACACCUACGCAUGUUGAGCCGUCAUUGGACGUGGGUGAACAUCACACAAAAACAAUCACUCCUAUUGAUAUGCCACAACGAAAGAGGGGUGUUCCUUGGUAUCAACGGACUCCGUUCACAGUGAUGCAAUCCACACCAAAAGUGAAGAAAAUCACCAAAACAAGGAAAAAUAAAAACAAAGCAGUGGAGAGUCCUGAAAAAGCAAAUGAAGACAUUGUGAAUGAAGAGAGUAAUGAUGUUUCAAAUCAGCUCUUGUUGGACAGUGUUCAUGCUGCUAGUACGCUGAUUUUUUGGAAAGAAUGGAGUGUGAUCUCUUCCAACAUCAACACCAAACAUAGGCUGCAUAUAUUUCCACUGGAUGUGGUGUUUUGGUCGAGGUUACUUGCAGUUACUAACUUUGGAUGGUUACUUUCUUUGCAUAUUGCGAUAUGGAUUUCCCUGCUCAUGGACGUCCUCGUCCCGCACUCUCACCUGAUGAUAGCCCGACCUCAAAUCGAUCUUGGAGAACCAAGAUGCUCCCUGCAACUGAUCGAAUAA